AUGAAGCAAUUUCCCAGAGCCUUGCGAUCCUCUGCGCUCGGGGGCCUGCGGCGCAUGCCGAUCUGCAACUGCCGCAUGAAUUCUACAAUGGGAGCUGACACCGUGCGAAUGCCAGGCUUUCCGAUGGCAGACAACGUCAGGAUGGAGUCUCUCGCGCGUACGCCGACAGCAUGUGAAGAGGGGCCAGACUUCGACUUCUCCCGACAUGUGCAUCUGUCUGCCCUCGACCUCGAUGGGAUCCGCGUGCGCAAGCUGUCAGAGAUGGGCUACAAGGUGGCGCCGGGUGAGAUUGACUUCGGCUACUCUGAGCCCUUUCGAUUGCUUUCCGAGGAGGGUCUCCGGUUAUAUCGGGAAGCGAUCCUGUCGAAGCCUGUGCUGGAGAACUGCUACUACUCUUGCCCCAUGGUGCCUCUGACCAUCCGCAACAUGGCUGCCCACAACAAAUUCAUCCGACAGAUGAGCACUUCCGAGGCCAUGCUACUAGCUUGCUCCAGCAUGGUUGGUUGCGAUCUUGCGUGGCACCCCUUCAGGGUGGAACACAUGAUGACCAAUAUCCAGAUGAAAGGGAAGGAGGCCGCGAAGGUGUUCGAUUGGCAUCACGACUCCAACAGCUUCGUCCUGCUUGUCAAUCUCUCCGAAAUCCCAGAGGACGGCCGGGGUGGCGGCACAUUGAUGCAGGAAGCAAGCGGCGCUGCGCAUGAGGUCCGGGCACCGGGCCCUGGCUGGGCCUACAUCAUGCAGGGCAAGCGGGUGCUGCACGCUGCGAAUGCCAGUGAGAACUGGACACGCAUCGUCUCCGUGAUCUCGUUUUGCAGCAAAGAUACGUUGGCAGCGGAGAGCCUCGAAGAGGACACGGUGGAUCUUCACUUGGCACGUAACUACACUGAUCACGCUGUCCUCGACAAGGAGUACGCAGCCUACCGACUCAGCCGCAGCAUGGAGAAGCUUUGUUUCUUGAGAGACAGAUUCCUAGAUGAGGAAGCCAACAACUUCUCAAGUCUGGUGCGGCGAGAAGAUUUUGUGAGGCACCUCGAGCACCUGAUCCGCAACCUUCAGAUCACCUCAAGCUCACUACAGAUGCUCACGGACUGGGGGCAGCCACGUCCUCGGCCACUGCCGGUGGACGAGGUCCCGGUGACCGAGAUCGCAUCUGCCUACAAUUUUUGCAAGCAUGGCUGUUGA